AUGCAGUUAGAGAAUCUAAUGUUGGAUAAAGAUGGACACAUAAAAAUUACAGAUUUUGGACUUUGCAAAGAAGGGAUCACAGAUGCAGCUACUAUGAAAACAUUCUGUGGAACACCAGAGUAUUUGGCUCCUGAGGUUUUGGAAGAUAAUGAUUAUGGUCGUGCAGUGGACUGGUGGGGUCUUGGAGUUGUCAUGUAUGAAAUGAUGUGUGGCAGAUUGCCAUUCUACAACCAGGAUCAUGAAAAGCUUUUUGAAUUAAUUCUAAUGGAGGAUAUAAAAUUUCCUCGAACUCUCUCAUCUGAUGCAAAAUCAUUGCUUUCAGGUCUCCUAAUAAAAGAUCCAAAUAAACGACUUGGUGGAGGACCAGAUGAUGCUAAAGAAAUCAUGCGGCACAGUUUCUUUGUUGGAGUAAACUGGCAAGAUGUAUAUGAUAAAAAGCUUGUCCCUCCCUUUAAACCUCAAGUGACAUCUGAGACAGACACCAGAUAUUUUGAUGAAGAGUUCACUGCUCAGACUAUUACAAUAACGCCGCCUGAAAAAUAUGAUGAAGAUGGUAUGGACUGCAUGGACAAUGAAAGACGACCACAUUUUCCUCAGUUUUCCUAUUCUGCAAGCGGACGGGAGUAGCUUGUUGUUUUGUUCUGCUGAUUCACAGUCAUAUUAGGUUUAUCACUGAAAAUGAGUACUGAACAUCAUCACCAGUACUUGCUAUUAUCUAGGAUAGCAAAGUACUUUCAGAGAUCAUUCCAAGUUGAACCAAUUCCCUUUCUGCCCAAUCGACCUCUUUGAUUUAUCUGCAUGACAUUUUAUAUUGGUCUAAG